GUGGGAGCUCGCAUGGGCCGACCGGCGAUUUUGCAGUGGAGUUUUCCAUGUGCUCAUGUUAUGCAAUUUGCAUAAGCAUGGAAAAAAACACAUUUUGACCGACGAUUUUUGUUUUAAAUGCCGUCGAUUUCUACCCCUAACGCUGACAGACAUGAGGUCACUUCCUGUUCUGUGUGUCCUGCUGCUGCCCUGGUGCAUUGUGGGCCUGGAGCCAGCGACAGAUGGAAAGACAGAGGAGCAACUGUUGAACAGCUGUCUGGAUGGAAUGCACCACAAGCAGGUGCCGGGGCCGGAGGGUAGCCUGUAUCAGAAUUGUGCCCCGUGGAAGGACCGUGCGUGUUGCCGCGCCAACGUGACGGAGAAGAUGCACCAGGAGGAGCUGUUCCCGUACAACUUCCAGUGGCACCACUGCGGCCAGCUGUCCCCACAGUGUGAGCGGCACUUCAUGCAGGACAUGUGCUUCUACGAGUGUUCGCCCAACCUCGGGCCAUGGCUUGUCAAGAUCCAUAUGAAGAUCCGUAAUGAGCGGUUCGUGAACGUGCCGCUAUGUGUCUCUGACUGUAACCAGUGGUGGGAGGCCUGCAAGGAUGACAUGACCUGCUCUGGGAACUGGGGGAAGGGAUGGAACUGGACAUCUGGAGUGAACGAGUGUCCACGUGGGAACCAGUGCAAGACUUUUAAGAAAUAUUUUGGUGAUGCGACAAACUUCUGCCAGAAAAUCUGGGACGGAUCCUUCACGGUGGUCCCCGACACGGAGCCAUGUAUGACGCAGUGGUUCAACGGACUGAACCCAAACAACGCUGUCGCUCGUAAGAGAGCGAAGGAAAUCGUUCAAGCGAGUGCCGGCGAGUUGUCUGCAACUGUGAGCUAUGUGCUGCUUGGUGUUGGAGUCUUUCUAGGAAGGCUCUUGUAAAGUGUAUUAAUUCUGUGUUGAGAGGUCUUCAUUUUGGGGCGAUGUUACAUAAUGAGGUGUUUGGUACAUUCUGCUAUGCAAGCUAUUACAAGACAUUGUGUGACACUUUUGUGUAAUACUUUUAUUGGCCCCAGGUGGUCAUUGGUGCUUGGAUGUUGUUUUUGUUGUAUCAGGGUUUGGAGAAGGUUGGUGAUUUUUAUGAUCAGAAAGUCAGUCCCGACUUGGAAAGGAUACUUUUUUGUUGAUGGUAGCCCUGCUUUUUUAAUACAGGAUUUCUGGUCUAUACAUACUUUUCAGUUGUGUAUAAUUGUAUGUGUUAAAAACAGUGCAUAUUCAUUCCGUGUUUUCAUCCUUCUGAAAAAAAAACCUGGUCUAAAAAUUCUUUGGUGUUAAUAUAUAUAAGAGUGAAAACAGGAGACUUAGAGUGAUACAAAGUACCUGGCUAUAUGUGAUUCAGGUAAUAGGUAGUGUUGUUGUGAUAGAGAGGUGCUGACAAGGGCUGCCUCAAGCUUAGCUUUUAUCCUAUCAUCCCAGAAAACCCAUGCUCAACUCCUGGCAGGGUGAUUGAAUUAUUGAAC